AUGCCUCGUGAAUUUCAAGUGGAUGAAACUUUAUCUUAUAAACAACUGAACCAUCAAUCGACAUCAUUGGUGAUACCGCAGCUGACUAGGGUCAAAAUCCACAAUUCGAUGUACUACAAAAUCAACCUCGAGCCACCUGCUCAGAGAGGGGUCAACAUGAUCCAGUUGUCUAAGACGCUGAUAAGAGACUUUGGAACAUGUAGAGGACAGCCAAGAUCCAUGCUAAUGGCUUGUGGUGGGGUUGAAUUCAAAUGUCUUCUAAUGAAAGUCAUCCACAUACGACCUACACUGGCGCAGAUAUUGGAAAUACUGAAGAAAGGAUUUCAAAAGACCUCAAAGUUCGACAACAAAUAUAUUGUGGUGUUAAUUUUAUUAUACUUGAGAAUUCAAUACUAUUAUCUUCCUAUGGUACACUCUAAGGGCCAUCCGGCGCCCAAUCUCGAGGACAUCGACAAAGAAGGACAGAUAGACUCCGAGAUUUUGAGGAACAUCUUUAAGAUAUUCAUAAAUGACUAUCGAAAGGUUAAGUCAGUACUUUUAGACGUGGAUUGCUGGUCAAGUACAACAGAACAAUCUGUGGGGAUUCUGCAUAUCGAUGAGAUCGUAGACUGGCUUUCCACGAAAGAUGAAAUUUGGGGAAUCCCCUUGGGCAGGUGCCGAUGGUGUAAUAUCUUUGAAGAUGACACUAGCGACAACGACGACAGUAGCAGUGAAGAAAGUGCUAAUGACCAUGCGAGCGACACUAGCAGCGACGGUGAUGAUAACCGCGGCAUUAGUGCUAACUAA